UGACGUCACUCUUAAAUCGAGUUGCUGCUGUUUCUUACCUGCUCGUUUGGAGAAUGAAUUAAAACUGACCGGUACACGAGUGUCAUUCAGCUUUUGUUUAACUUAAGUAAGGAGCCUGUCCGGCAUAAACUCGUUGCAGUUUGUAAGGGGUUCCUUUUAGAAGAAGCGGGAUCGACUUGACUGGCGAUUCAAUGGACCUCAGUGAUGUGACUAUCAAGAAGAUACUGUCCAAGUAUAAAUUCAGAGACUUAACCAUCGAAGAGCUCCAAACAAUACACAGAAUCAAUGCUAGGCUCCAGCCGUCAGUGGAAACAUACACGUUUAAUGACACUUCCCAGAAGGACUUACUGAAGCUGACUGGCACCAUUCCAGUGAACUACCAAGGCCAGUCUUACAACAUACCAAUUCAGCUAUGGCUUCUGGACUCGUAUCCUUUCACGCCACCUAUAUGUUUUCUAAUGCCAACGGCAGAAAUGGUCAUAUGGGAAGGAAAGCAUGUGGAUUCUCAAGGGCGGAUAUACCUUCCCUACUUGAAGGACUGGAACUAUCCUAAAUCAACAAUUAUUGGACUUAUAAAUGAAAUGAUUCAAAAAUUUGAAGAGGAUCCUCCUCUUCGUUCGAAAUCUGCAAAAGAUGACCAGGAUGCUACGAAGAUUCAGGCUGUUAUGUCAAAAAUUUCUGGAGGUGUGUCUAAUAUAAACCUGCACUCAACGACAAAAGUGGAUGAGCAGAAAACCAAUCAACCACUCAGAAAAGUCACUGUGAUUGGAGCUGGGGAUUUGGGCAUUGCAUGUGUCACAAGUAUUUUGGCAAAGGGACAAGUGGAUAAACUAAUAUUUAUUGAUACUCCGGAAAGCAGCAACAAAGGAGGAACAUCAGAUUUAGAGAUGUUCUUGUCACCAAAAGUGGAGAUUUGCACUGAUUUUGCAGCAUCUGCCGGCUCAAUGGUGGUGGCAGUAAUGGCGAAUGCCUGGAGUAAUGACCAGUCCUAUUUGAAUGUUGUCCAGGCCAAUGUUGACCUUUUCCGAACGAUCAUACCAAAUGUGGCAAGGCACAACCCCAAUGGAGUGUUACUUAUUGCCUCUCAGCCAGUUGACAUUAUGACCUGUGUUGCUUGGAAAUUGAGCGGCCUUCCGUCAAAUCAAGUUAUAGGAAUAGGAUGUAAUCUGGACUCGCAGCGGCUGCAGCGUCUACUUUCUAAUUCUACCAAGUUAUUGCCCGGUGAGAAGCAGGCAUGGGUCAUUGGGGAGCUGUCCGAAAAUAACGUUAUUGCUUGGAGCGGCGCUGACAUCUCCAAGGACAACCAGGCAGAAAUUAUACCCGGGCCUGCUCCACUAAGGCAGCUCAUUGACAGGGCCCUUGAAAUCCUAAAGGGCAGAGGACACCGUUCUUCCUCAGUUGGACUAUCAGUGGCUGAUGUGGUUCAUAGUAUACUGCUGGAUCAAAGACGUGUUCACUCAGUUAGCACCUUGGCAAAGGGCUGGUGUGGGUUUAAUGCCAAGGUCUUUUUUAGUUUACCUUGUGUUAUAGGAGCAAGUGGAGUGAUUGACAAAUGCAAGAUGUCUCUAGAAGAGGAAGAAGCUGAUACCAUACGAAAAAGUGCUGCAAGUUUGCACAGCAUUCUGGAGCAACUGACCGUGUAAUUAUUGGUGCUUCAGAGGAUCCUCCAUCCUGCUGUUUGUGCAUCAUGAGUCUUAAAACAGAUUGCCAUUGGGAGUCGUCAUUUGAAAACAAAAAAAAACCCGAGUUAGGCGUUGCACAUAGCCUGGUGGUCUUCAUGGGGAAACCAAAUAUCAUUUACUUUAACCAAAGGGCACUUCUCAUGGCAGGGCAAGAUCAUAUACAGUAAUAGGGAAAUAUAUUUAUUUAGCCGAGUUUGGUAAAGAAGGUUUUUAUUGAAGGAGUUGAAUUGGCAAAUGCCUGUAAUAAACCUGAAAAUGGGGCUGGCUACGAUGAUUAGCUUGGCAGCCUUAGACAUUGUUUCGCGGAGAUUACGUUGCAGAAUGCUUUUAUCAUCUGAAAUCUGAAUAAUUUGAAAAGUUGGUAGUUUAAAUGGUAGAGAAUUUAACCAAAUUUAAGUUAAAAGUCAAGAAACCUGAAUAUCAUAUUAAUUCUGUGUACUUCAUGCUUGGUAGAUGGUAUGCAUAAAGGACACUUAGUGUAUAUUUAUAUAAUCUGAUGACAUGCUAAUUGCGAUGAGUGCCCGUUUUGGAUCUUUCAUUUGAACUGCAUACUGUACUUCAUAAUAUAUUAUCUAAAUGAACAUUGAAAUGUAGCAAUAUUAAGAGAAUUUUGAUUGGACUAACAAAUGACUCGAUGAAUUUGUACUUCUGACCUGUUAACACAUCAUGUUUGCACUACAAAAUUGUUCAUCAGCAAUUUUAGAUUUAAUAAUCUUCCCUUUUUUCUACUUUAAAAAUGAAGUGAUUGUGUAUUGUAAUGUAUACUGCAUAUUUAAAAAUCAUGCCAUAGUAAUAAAUCUGUAUAAUAUAAGUGAAAA